GCGGCGGCUGCUGCUGAGGCGGUGGCGGUGCUUCACGCCGAGGGCCCGGACCGCCUCCCCUCCCGCCUCCCUGCCCGCCACGCUCCGCUCUGCUCCCCGCCGCUUCGCCCCUGACAAAUGAUGUGUUUUGUGCUCGCCGCGAUGAAAGCUCAAAUUGAAAUUAUUCCAUGCAAGAUCUGUGGAGACAAAUCAUCAGGAAUCCAUUAUGGUGUCAUUACAUGUGAAGGCUGCAAGGGCUUUUUCAGGAGGAGUCAGCAGAGCAAUGCCACCUACUCCUGUCCCCGGCAGAAGAACUGUCUGAUCGACCGGACCAGUCGAAACCGCUGCCAGCACUGUCGGCUACAGAAAUGCCUUGCUGUGGGGAUGUCUCGGGAUGCUGUCAAGUUUGGUCGAAUGUCAAAGAAGCAGAGGGACAGCCUGUAUGCGGAGGUGCAGAAGCAUCGAAUGCAGCAGCAGCAGCGAGAUCACCAGCAGCAACCAGGAGAGGCAGAACCACUAACACCAACAUACAAUAUCACCACCAAUGGGUUAACAGAGCUACAUGAUGACCUCAGUAAUUACAUUGAUGGGCAUACCCCUGAAGGUAGCAAAGCAGACUCUGCAGUUAGCAGCUUCUACUUAGACAUACAGCCUUCUCCAGAUCAGUCGGGUCUUGAUAUUAAUGGAAUCAAACCAGAACCAAUAUGUGACUACACACCAGCAUCGGGCUUCUUCCCGUAUUGUUCUUUUACAAAUGGGGAGACCUCUCCAACUGUGUCCAUGGCAGAAUUAGAACACCUUGCACAGAACAUUUCCAAGUCGCACAUGGAAACGUGCCAGUACUUGAGAGAGGAGCUGCAGCAGAUAACAUGGCAGACCUUCCUGCAGGAAGAGAUCGAGAACUACCAGAACAAGCAAAGGGAGGUAAUGUGGCAGUUAUGCGCAGUCAAAAUAACAGAAGCUAUACAGUAUGUAGUGGAAUUUGCCAAACGCAUUGAUGGCUUUAUGGAACUGUGUCAAAACGAUCAAAUUGUGCUUUUAAAAGCAGGGUCUUUAGAGGUUGUGUUCAUCAGAAUGUGCCGUGCCUUUGACUCCCAGAACAACACAGUCUACUUUGAUGGCAAGUAUGCUAGCCCAGAGGUUUUCAAGUCCUUAGGUUGCGAAGACUUCAUUAGCUUUGUGUUUGAAUUUGGAAAAAGUUUAUGUUCUAUGCACCUGACAGAAGAUGAGAUAGCCUUGUUCUCUGCGUUCGUUUUAAUGUCGGCAGAUCGCUCGUGGCUUCAGGAGAAAGUAAAGAUUGAAAAACUCCAACAGAAGAUCCAGCUAGCGCUUCAGCACGUCCUACAGAAGAACCACCGAGAAGAUGGAAUCCUAACAAAGUUAAUAUGCAAAGUGUCUACUUUAAGAGCACUGUGUGGACGACAUACAGAAAAGCUUAUGGCAUUUAAAGCAAUAUACCCAGACAUUGUACGACUUCAUUUUCCUCCACUUUACAAGGAGUUGUUCACUUCAGAAUUUGAGCCAGCGAUGCAAAUUGAUGGGUAAACGUAUCACCUAAGCACUUCUAGAAUGUCUGAAGUACAAACAGUAAGACAAAAGAAAGGAAAAAAAUUAAAAAUUAAAAAAAAAAAAGGAAAGAAAGAAAACCAAGACACUUUAUGUGGCCCUGCACAGACCUAGGGAGCCAACACACUGCACAUCUCUUGGCGGUCGGGGUCAGGCGAAGGAUGGGAAACAAUGAAACAAAGUUGAACUUGUUUUUCUCAUGCAUAUGAUUUCCAUUAUGCCUACAAAUAUGGACCCUUUUUCUGUCUCAGCUUCUCAAUUCUUGACCUCUGUUUACAUAGACUGAGGGUACUCAUGUCAGAAGGUUGUUUUCUCCUGUAGUUCACUGCCCAGACUUUUGACAGAACAAUCAAUUAGUUGGUCAAAACAGAGAGUCCACCUAGUAAUCAGCGACUUGUGUGCAUUGCAGAGAUUUUAGCAUCAGUUUGCACAACUUGCUUAUUGUUUCAUGAAGGACGAUUUUUUUCACCUACCACUGUUUGCCAGUAGACAGAACGGCAUGAAAAGGGUCCAUAGCAAUAGCAACAAUAGCAUUAUAAUAUAUUACAGGGUAAAUGGGCAUGAAGACUAUAUAUAGCAAAAGAGAUAUUGUUUAUAUAUUGUUUUAAUUAAUAUAAAAUGUAGUUACUGGUAUAGCUUUUCUUGUUGAAUUGAUAAGGCACUUUCAUUUUGCACCUUUUUCUUUAAAUUAAAUGCUAGCGUGUUCCUUGUUGUGUUGCAUGUGCACCAGAAAUUCAAGUUUAACUGAAAAAGGUUUGGCAGGUACUAGUACGUAUACGUUGGGAGGUAUUUAUGCUGCUGUUUUCCAUGUUACUCUUAAAGAGAGGCUGGUCAUAUCCUGAAACGGUUAUAGAAAUGUUUCUUUUAAUAGUUCAAAAUAAUGACAAUUUUCUGAAUUAAAAUCAGCUUUUCAGCUGCUAAAUUCAAGGUACUUUUAUUUUCAGAUCUUUCAAACCUGAAUGUUUAAAAUGACACCUAAAUUCCAAGUUAGGUGCACAAGUCAAACGCCUCAUUUUCAAAGGUGCUGAGCUUCCGUGCUCAAAGUGAAAGUAAUUACAGAACAGCUACAAACCAGUAAUGUACACCCUUGGAAAUCAGGCUAUUUGAAGUGUAUUUCUGCCCGAUAUCAAUCCAGGUUUGAAGGUAGUUACUCAAGUCUGUAUCUACAGUAAAAGUUAUGACAUGUAUGUAGAAAAGUAAUUUUUAUAUAUAAUUUUACAUACCUUGUACUCCAUAUUGUAAACAAUGCAUUCAAACUCCACACUCCAGCUUAUCAAAAUCCGCAGAAGUCAAAAUUCAUAGUCUUUGACUUCAGUGAGGUGAGACACUGACCCCUGUUCUUCUAGCUCUCAGCAGUGCAGUUUCAGGCAGCUGACCAGAGAAGUCCAUUGGUCUCCUUAUUUAAAAUAUGCACUUUAAAGUUUAUCAGAUGAGGACAGACUAACAAAGUGAAGGCACACGGUUUGGUUGUACUCUGUGUAAUGCCAAGAAAUUGUUGAUGUUAUAGAUCUGCAUUCUGGAAUUCUGGAAUUUUGGUUCCCAUAUUUUAUAACCAACUAAUAAGCUGAAUCUUGCAGUCUUUAUCAGUUCUUAUUAUUGCCAAUUAUCCUUCCCUUUAGGAAGAAUACUCCCUCCAAGCAGAUGUGGCAAGUAAACCUAGUUCUGAAGGCAGAUUCACAGUAACUGACAUCACAAAAUACACUGGGACUGGCUGAGCCAGAGGUGUGUUGUUGGUUUGGAUGAGAUAGAUAUGUAACUGGAUGCCUUAGAAGUCGAUGCAAAUUAAGUUCUUGAUGAAGUAUGUAAGAAAAAAAACAAAACAGGAACUUUAAAAAACCAGUAAGGAACAAGACAGAAUGUGCCCAAUGGGUUUGAUUUCUUACCUUUAGUAUACUUGCUAAGUAACAGAAGUGAACAAGAACCACUCUGAAGCCCAUUUUUGAAAGGAGGAUUAGGUCAGUGGGUUACUAUAAACAGAACAGAGGUUUACUCUAUGAUUUGAACAUGCUUCCUAUGAGAUCCAAUUGAGGCAUUUAGCCAUCAUGCCUAUUAAAAAUGUCACAGUCUGCCACAUCAGGGAACCUUACAGCUAAUGCUCACCUCUGCAGUUUGGAAGGAGGGGAGAUGAGCAGCCCAUAUUUCCCCUUCAAAGCAGUAUGCCUCUGUAGUGUGGGAGGGGAAUACCUGCACCUCCAGGAGCACUGGGAUGCCACAGCGGUAGCUCACAGCCAGCACAGCCACCCCCCCAGUCCCUCCGAAACCCUGGUCCUAGAAGCAUUGUUUACUUUACUGGAGUAACUGUCAUGAUACAGUACUUGAAUUCUAACAUGUGUUCCUGUUUUUAAAGAUACCCUUUUAACUAACAAAUAUUUUCUGAAUGUGACCAGCCUUAGGUGCUAGUCCUGUAAAGAUCAACUAAACUUAAUUGCAGUGUCAACUAAUAAUGAAGUAAGACCUAUAUUGUAGAGAGCAAGAUACAACUCCUACUUCUCACAAUAAGUAGACUAUCAGGCAAAAUAUCUGGGGAUUAAUUUUCAGUCGCAUCCUUUUCUUACCUUUUCCUACUUUGCCAGGCAGCUAGGUGCCAGUGGUUUUGUUUGGUAUCUAGUUCAGCAUAUUUACACCUGUAAGUCAUUGACAACACAGAUUUUCUUGAGCACUUACUAAUAAACACCAUGACCAUAAGAAAGGCUCGAUAGGGCCUUAGCUGAAAGCCUUUUGCAUCUGAAAGCAGCUUAUGACUUGUUGUGCUGUCACUUUUGUCCGUGGGAGCUCCUGUGUACUGGCAAGGCGUUAAAUCAGGCUGUGCAUACACCCCCCAGGUAACUCUGCUUUCCUGCUGCUGCCAACCGUCAUAGUUGGGGCCAGUGGAUAUUCACAUGAGUGUUUCCAUAGUCUGCACAGCUCACUACAAACAAAAACAUGAGGACAGCUGAAGAUAAAGGAGUCAUCUAUUAUUUUUUGAAUGAUCUGUUCCUAAAAGUGAAAAAGAGAUUUUCAUUGGGUGCUACAUCUAUCCACAGAGCUGUUUUCUGGCUUUCUAGGACUGCACUAUGCUGUCCUUUGAACCACCCUUAUGUAUUCCAACAUCUCCAGCAUCGUUUAACGUUUUAGAAACAGUGGGAUUAGGUGAAAAGGGAGGCUGGUUUUAAGUUUGGUUGUUCUUUAUUAAAGCUUACCUGUCUUAGUGUGGAUACCAAGAUAUCUGUGUGUGUAUGUGCACCUGUGUGUGUGUGUGUGUGUGAGUACCUCUGUGUGCGCACGUGGAUGGAUGUGUGGUACGGGUGAGUGCCUGCUUCUAGGCUGUUAUGUGUCAAUGGAAUAAAGAAAAUGUAUUAAAAAUACUUAAGUCAAAAAUAGAAGGUGGAAAAAAGAUUUAUUCUAUACAAAGCCUUGUCUGGACCACUUUAGAGAGACUUCUAUUUUUUUAACCCUUCUAUAAAUGUUUGAUGGCACUUGAAAUAUUCCUGCAAUAAAAUGUGAUUUGUGUAAACAAGAAAAAAUUUUGUAAUGUGAAACAAUGAAAGAAAGUAAUGUAAUUUUUCUAAAAAACAAAAAAAAACCACAAACGAACGAACUUUGUAUUAUUUUCUUGAUGGAAUUUGUCUAUUUGUCUUUGAAAAACUUUUUAUUUCAUUGAAUGUGCCAUAGUAGAGGUGUGUUUUUCUUUCUUUUUUUGUUUUCUCGUUGUUUUUACAUUCUAGCCUAAAGGAAUAGCUGUGUUCCGACAUUCCAAAAUGCAAGCUGACAUAGCAGUCACGAUUAAACGGUUUGAUUAGUAAGCUUCAAUCAUUGUUGCUUUUUUUGCACAUGUUCUUCAUUCCUCUACAGUGCAAUAUGUACAUAGAGCACUUGCGGGUGUAACCUUGAUCCCUCAGGGAAAAAUACAUAUUUGUACAGGAUUUUUCUUUUUUUUUUUUUUCCUUUUUUUUUCCUAAGGAAUGUCGACUGAAUCACUUGUCUGUUGUUGAGGGGCAGCCAGAUAAUAAUCCUAAACCACUGUCACAAAACGUUGUUUAAAAUUUGUGCCCUUUUAUUAUUUAAAAAAAAAGAGAAAUAAAAGCUAUUUUCUGACAGUUCUUUGUGCUGAUUGGUGACAAAGGGUAAAUAGCUAAGCACCUUAUGAUUGACUUAACUGUGAAUGACAAUCCAUCUCGCUAUCAACAACAGAAAGCCCUAUCAUUUUGGAGCUGGGGUUAAAAGUCAGAAACUAAUGUGCUCAGGGAUCUUCUAAAGCUCUUCAACAGGGUGGCCAGUACUACUGGUGGAACAAAUUACGUGUUAAAAAAUACUGGUAUUUUUUCCCUUCUCCCUCCCCCCAGGCACAAGAGAACUGGAUAUUUUUCUUUUCUUUUUAACUAACUGCUCUAUGCGUGCCUCAUUCCCUUACUCAGUUUUGCAGCAGAGCUGGUCCUAGGUCUGUUUUGUUCAAAACAAAAGUACUCCAAACAGCGCAAAGGUUUUGUAGUUAUAUUUUAGAAAACAAAUUAAUGCUGACCCUUAUAUGCAUGACUGAAAUUAAUUUCAGUACCCUCAAGACAUUUUUAUAAUGAUAGGACUGUUUUCCCAGAUGAAUUUCAGUGUUUUGGAGUAGAAAAUGAGGUUUCAGUAUUUAAAUUAUUGUCAAAGAAAACAAAUCAUUUUAUGAUAGUGCAGUAAGAAUGCAAAGGGGAUGAUGAGGUUUUAGCAAUGAAGUCACAUAAAAGGGAACCUAGAUCUGCAGGAAUAAAAGAACAGCACUGCAGACACUGUCUGUCAGUGUUACAUAUGAUUCAUGGUAAAGCAAAAAAAACUGACUGUAAAGAAACACUGAGGCUGAAGACAUUUUCACACCUAGUGCAUCAAAUACAGCAAUGCCAAGUGAUGAAAAUGGCAUAAAAACCAGCAAUGUCUAGGAAGUCUCCAAGUGCCAAAUUGUAGGAUUUGGGAAGCCUGUCCCAGUUAGCCUUGGUUUAUGGCUUCAUAUGUUUUGAAAAUGCAAGUAGAAAAGUGAAUAAGCAAAAGCAGAUUUCCAGACUUUUGUUAGAUUGGGAAGAGAGUGAAUUUUUCAUCAAGCCUCUCUGCUUGCAAAAAGCAUCAGUCCUCCAGUUUCUUAAGUUAUUGAGGGUUUUUUUCACUGGAUAUACGGCUUCCAGUUGUUUACUUUAGGUUGCUUAAUAGAUAGGGAAUUUUUUCUUACAGCUUUACAAGCUGACAGUCAAGUUUAGCUUGGCUUGGCCUUCCGAGGCAGACAACUGCUUAGCAAACAUGACCUCUUGGAUCAGCGGGUGUUCUGGCAGCUUCAGCAGAAAAUUCCUACUGCUGAUUCACAGUCGAACCUCUUCUUUACAUACCUGUGUAUCAAUUAAACAGACUGUUAGUAUGUACAAUCUAUGAGAGGUUUUAACUAUGUAGUGGGGUGAUCAGUUUUUUGGGAUUGGCACAGACAUUCCCCAAUCUAUACUUGAUGAACAAAACUGGUUGCCCAGUAUAAGCUGUGCAAACAACAUAGUCGAUUUUUUUUCUCUACAUUCCUAAACUUGCCAGUGUAAAUGUAAUUAUUUAUAUAAAUGUCAGAAACAGCAUUUACUAUCCAAUAUCCAAAAAUAAUAAGCAAUUUUCUCUUGACUAUUCAGUAUAUGACAUUCUACCUGUGCUAGCUGAUUCAGAUUGCACAGAACACCUUUCCUUAGCUGACGAAAGAUAAGUAUUCAAUUAUUUUUUUUUCAUUAUUAAUACUAAUAUUUAUUACUUUAAAAGUUUCACCCAUGAAUAUAUUUGAAUAUUAGCCUCCUAUUUUCUUUAUACUUCAGUAUUCCUGUCAGUAAAUCAUUUGGUGGAAAUGAGGGCAAAUGCAUAUGGAUACCAAAUACCACAGCAAAAAGAGAAGUUUUAAAACUUAAAUGAAUAUUUAUUUUAAAAUCAUUGCAGUAUGUGCUUUAAUCCUAGUACUGUGAUAAUAGCUCGCUAAAUAAAGCUGAGUCACUGGACUUGAGGGGAAAAAUAUGUCAGAUUUAGGAUAAUACAUGGUCUAUCUUUGGAACUUUAUUCAGGUACUAAAUAGAAUUGUAACAUCAAAAUAGAAGCUGUAUUCUACCUUUUGCAUAUGUAAUGUUGCUGGUUAACUCUUUUUUUCCUUGCCUUUAUCACUGGUAGAAUAUAGCAAUAACUUUGUAGCAAUAAGUAGGCUAUCCAAAAAAGACACAAAACAUGAUAAAGGCUUCAGAUCAAUACACGUAGAUUAAUUUCUUCUGCCACAAUAUUCACUUGUAUGUCUUCCCUCAUAAUCUUAUUACUUGUUCAAGCUGAAUUUCACCCUCAAGUUCUUCAACUUGACAUGUGGCAUCACACCUUUCUGUUAACAUCUGCAUGUUUUUGGUGUUCAUGUGUCCUUUGUAUACUUGUUUUCCUGUAAGUCAGUGUUUCUCAAGGUUUCUGAAAGCACAGUCCCUCUGGGCUCUAUUUCUUCAUGGGGCCCCGUGUUGGAAUUAACUUUUUUUGGGCAGGGAGUGCAAACUAGCUGUAAUUACUGGUGGCAUUUCCUAGCUGGAGGAACUGAAUGGCUGCUAGUACUUACCAUCACGGUUACUGCAAAUGCUUGGUGCUUGCAGGCAACAGCCAGCUCCUUCAGGCUGGGGGGGGGCUGAGCUGCAUCCAGCCAGUAAGAUGAAUUCCACUUGUCUGCAGCCAGCACCACCACAGGCUCUGCGCUGGAGAACGGAGCUGCUGCACUUCACCUAGAGCCGAGCUACACUUGCCUGACACAGUGUUUUGAUAAUAAUCUAAGCACUUUGGCAACUUUCAAAUGGUUGUGACUUUCGGUUUGAGAAACACUACCCUAAAUUACCCCACAAAGUCUUAAUGUAGAUGCACAAACUUUACAGGAACUUGCAAUCUGUAAUGCUAUCUAUAUCUAAUGCAGAGAAUUCAUAAGCAAUACAGUGAAUUUUAUUUCACAAAAAGGCAUACGUACUGUACACCUUUCUAAAUCCAAAAUGUUCCUCAUUUCUACAUUGAUUUAGAAACAAGCUACAUAACAGUGGUGAAUAUUUGAACUAUUAGGACAUUAACUGGCUGCUUCUUUAUAUGUACCUGUAUUGUCUGCCUGCUCCUUUUCUGGAGACCUGUUUUUGUAUUGGAUGUUUGGGCCAGUGGGAGGCUUCAAGCUACAAUGUAUUUUCCCAGAAUAAAUAUAUUUAACGUAUGACAAACCCCAGACAAGGCUUUUUAAAAUGUAUAAAGAACUGCAGUGUUAGGUGGUUUCUUUGCAAACUGUUUUCAAUGUUGUCCAUUUUUAUGGCACCUUUAACAAUAGUCUUGUUUCCAAAGUACAAAAAAAAAAAAGGUUAAAAAUACUCUAGCCAUAACUGAAUGUCAAGCAAUAAAAACAAAUGACUUUUUGUGCAUAGAUUUAAAAAAAAAUACAAGUUUUAGACAUCUGCAUGUAAAUGCAAUCUCUUGUUUACUGCUUUCUUAAACUUGAGCAAUUGAUUCCUUAUUUUACUACUAAUUUAAGGACUUGUAAUGGCCUGUAAACAUUUUAUCUUGCUCUAUUCUUUCAACUCUAACUUCGUCCCUGCUUUGAAGUCAUAAUAUUUAAUGUUGUUCUGCUCACCUCUAUACAGUUAACUUUUUGCUUUCAUUCUGUAUAGAUAAAGUUAUACUAUAAACAGCCUACACAGUGCAAAUAUUUAUCUGUUUAUCAAAUACCACAUUAUGCUGUAUAAUAUCUGUUUUACUAUAUAAUCUAUUUUAGACAUAGCUGUUUAGAACUAGAGUGUGCUAUUUUUGUGUUUUUCUGAUGUGUGGUGCUAGAUAAGUUACUUUUGUGAACAAAAGCAAACAAACCCCUUUUAUUCCUAGACAAUACCACCUUUGGGUCUUGUUAAUUUCACUGAGUAUAACUAUAUAUAAAUAUAUAUAUUUGUGUAUAUAUAUAUAUACACCAACAUAUGCCCAACAAGUACCUGUAUCAGAGUACAAGAUUUGGGACAUGGUUUUCUCUUUAAAUGCAUAGUGUCAUUAUAUAAAUUAUUCUAUAGUAUAUUUAAUAAGGAGAAAAUUACUUCACUGGUACAGAUACUUGAUAUCAAAUGUAGAAUUUUUUUCUACAUUAUUAACAUUAUUAAUUAUUGUUAUUAAAAAUGUUCUGUCCAGCUUGUUAUCCUUUUGAUUACUAAAACAGUCUGCCUGUAUUGUAUCAGAAAAAAAGAAAAACAUCUAAUCUGCCAGUAUAAAGUAACUUCAAUAUGUUGUCUGUCUGAAAGGGAGGUAGUUAUUUGGCUUUCGGGGAGAAUUCUAUCCUGUCAUUGCAUCUGGUAUUUAUAGAUGUUAUUCUGCUGGGUGCCUUCCUCCCUCUUCACUUUAAAUAGGAUCUGUACACACUCAAAUGCGGAUGUUACUAGGCCGUGCUGACACACUUAACUCCAGUUACUGUAAAUAGGAAUGUUCUGUACAUCUUCCAUCAUAGAUGGAUGGCUAAAUUCAGUCCUUGGAUAUACUUUCUAAACCAUGCAUACACAUCCCAGGACAGCCAUUAGCACCUAAAGCUAAUUAAGAAGUGGAAUUUGCAAUGUUUUGUCAGGUCUGGGGGUUUUGUUUUUAUUUUUUAUGUAUACCUUAAUUUACGUAGUCAUGUACCCUUAAAAGUACUCCUGUCCCCUGUUCCUUUCAUUCUAAGAUAUUGUUUUCAUGUUAAUUCUUAAAAACUCAUGGAUAUCAAAUAUCUAACUAUGGAGGUAAUUAACCUUUUAAAUAUUUAUUAGAUUUUUUUCUGUAAUAUUACUGAAUUUAUAAGAUCUUUAGCAAAGAUUUUUGAGCAAUUUAUUAAAUACAAUGUUUCUGUUUACUGCACUUUUUGAUAAUAGAAGGUAGUGAAUUUUAAAGCCAUGGUUCUUGGCUUCCAUGCACUGCUUUUAUACCCUCAAUC